UCAAACAAGCAACCCAAUUCAAUUUUAAUCAUUAUGUACCCUUCCAAUGAGUACGCACCACCACCAUCCUUCCAACAACCACCACCACCGCCGCCACUGUACACCACCGGUAUUCCAGCUCAACCUAUGAACUCUGUCGGCCAAUGGUCCACGGGCCUUUGUGAUUGUGGGUCUGAUGUCUACAAUUGUUGCUUAACGUGUUGGUGUCCGUGUAUUCCUUUUGGCCAAAUCGCCGAGAUUGCAGACAAGGGAAACACUUCUUGUGCUGUCCAUGGAACCCUUUACACGGUACUUCUUCUACUCACUGGAUGCCAAUGGAUAUAUUCUUGUAUGUAUCGGUCUAAAAUGAGACAACAAUACAUGUUGUCUGAGGAACCCUGCAACGAUUGUCUUGUCCAUUGUUGUUGUGAGCCAUGCGCCAUGUGCCAAGAGUAUCGUGAGCUUGAACACCGUGGAUUCGAUAUGUCUCUUGGAUGGCAUGGAAAUAUGGAGAGGCAAAAUCAAGGAAUCGUGAUGCCACCUUUUGCUCAUACAGAAAUGAAACGUUGAUUAUGUUGACAGUUGAAAAAUCCUUAAAUUAUUAAAUACAUUAAAGAUUUUACAUAUUAUAUAAAUAUGUUGUACAACAUGUGGUUUGUAUUAUUCCUUUAAAAAUAAAUAGUUUUUUCUA